AUGUUGAAGUUCAAAUUAACUUGUCUCUUCCUCGUGGCAAUAAUGACCAUCUAUGAAGCUACAGCACAAGACACCGAGGAUGAACCCGAAGACGAAAGUAAUCUCACAGGUCAUGUCAAAGAGUCCGAUGCCGAGACCCGUAUCAUAGGAGGUGAGAAGGCAGCAGACGGAGAAUUCCCCCAUCAGGUAUCGCUUAGAAUAAAAGACAAUAGAAACGUCUGGCAACAUUUCUGUGGAGGUUCUAUUAUAGCAAAGAGAUGGAUUUUGACAGCAGCACAUUGUACAGAACCUUUUAAACAGUAUAUGAAUAGAAUGAGAGUUGUUGUGGGCACAAAUAAAUUAGACAGUGGUGGUGACCAAUAUGAAUUCGAAAAGAUUAUUAAUCACGAGAAAUACAAUAAGGCAGCCAUCACAUUUGAUAUCGGAGUUAUAAAGCUUAAGAAGGAUAUUAAAUUUGGCGAGAAAGUCGGAAACAUUUCUCUGGCAAGCUCAAACACACCGGGUGGAGCUGAGUUGGUUACUUCAGGAUGGGGUUACACUACCAACGGCGGAAAUAAUCGAAAACCGCCCAAUGAUUUGCAAAAGCUCACAGUGAAAUCACUUUCCGUGUCGGAAUGUCAGCAGGAUAAGAAUUUAGGAAGAUACAAAAGAACCAAUCCAAUUUCGGAUAGACAGAUCUGCACAUUCAAGAAGGAUGGCCAAGGCAUCUGUCAGGGUGAUUCUGGUGGUCCACUGGUGCAUAAGGGAGAGGUAGUGGGAAUAACUUCGUGGAACAUUCCAUGUGGCCGCGGCCGUCCUGAUGUCUUUACAAGAGUUUUCUCUUACCUGGACUGGAUAAAGAAACACACAAGUGACUAAUACAAAGCCACCGAAAUUAUAGUUGUUGCUGGGACAAAUUCCCUCAGUCGUGGAGGGGAUAAGUAUAAUCUGAAAUCAUGCAUUGAACAUAAUAAGUACGACAAACGUAAUCUUGCAAAUGAUAUAGCUGUUUGUAAACUUGAUAAGAAAUUCAAGUAUGGCGCUAAAGUUAAUAAUACCAUGUUGGCUGAAAAAAAUCCUAAGGGUGGCGAUAAACUACUACUGACAGGUUGGGGAUACACUAAUUAUCACAAAGAAACAACACCUGAUAAACUGCAAAUGUUAGAUAUGACAGCUUUAACACAAAACGAAUGCCGCAGUAAUUAUACUAAAACGAAAAGCUUCCCCACGAUCGACGACACGAGAAUCUGCGCUUUCGCUGGACAGAAUAAGGGUGGAUGUUACGGUGACUCUGGAGGCCCCUUGGUAUUGCGUGAAGGUACCAAGGAACAAGUGGGGAUCGUGUCCUACGGGGUGCCGUGUGCACGUGGCUACGGUGACGUUUAUAUCAGUGUGGCUCACUUUAGAGAUUGGAUAGAGAAAAAUACGUCAUAG